UUCUGCAGGUACAGAGGCAUGUUUCAGGUUGUACGAGUACCAAUCACUAAUCCGAAAAGGAAUGCUGGUGCAGAGAUGCUCGGGGUCGAUCAGACAGGGCGCAAUGCCUCGAUCCUCUAGACACCCUGCAUGGCAUUCCCCGUAUGCGUGAUACGUAUCACUGCACUUGUAGCGAAUCACGCAAGAGAAGAUGUAGACGGGCCGGGGCAGGCUUGAGCGUCCGCGAGACCUAAGGGUGGCGGAGGAUUUGAUUGUAGCCGUCUGAGAAUACGGCGUUCACAGAGGGAUCCACCUCGAAUGAUCGUGGCAAGAACUGAUACACGCCCGCAUGCAGCUUGGCCGACGUCCCUUGACACAUAAUUGUGGAAGAUGCUCGGUAAAUAUUCGAGGAUAGGACUUUGGAGGAUCGUCGAGGUUGAAUGGAGAGAAACACGUAAUCUAUCGCCCUUCCUGGUGAUCGAGGUUUCAAGGCGGGCAAAGCGCGCGGACAACUCAAGUCACGGUCAACAUCGGGGCUACGUGACCUAAUGAGCGGUCAAGGGACAGCAUGUGCAAGGCGGGAGAGCAGCACUCCCAACGUCACCGACGACCUCGCACCGAUCACUCCGCGCAGUCCGACCGUGCAAUAUUUCGGGCUUCGUUUCUGUUGCUGACUCAAAGCUGGCAAGGCCGAACGACCGAUGGUCAAACAAGGACGUCUGAGAAUUGGCACUAUGCAUUUGCUUCUUGCCAACAUUUGUUGCGCUGUCCCUGAUGUUCUUGAUUCCCCUCAUUCACGACACAUCGAUGCAACAUGAAGAGUAUCUUCAACACUGAAGCCAAGCUGGGAGAAGAAUAUCGUCGCCUGUCCCUGGACGACGAAGAAGGGAACAGAAGCUCAAGCCCAAGGGUCAUCUUUACGAAGCAAGGGAACAAAAGCCUCUACGCUUGCAUAAUUUUCCUGGCACUUGGCUGGCUUGCAACUUGCGCUUACGUGUACCGCACGCGUUUUCAGUCCAACGGUCUGCUCCACGUCUACUACAACACACCAAUUCCCAAAGAUGUUUUCAAGCCUGUGAAGAAGAUCUUUCACCGUGACGAGCGUUACGUUGGCUGGAACGAUGAAGUAAAUCGCAAUUGGGACAGACUGGUUGCAGGUCAUGACGCCGUUUGGAUUGAGAACCCUGAAAGAUGGGGUCUUCCGCCGGGACAGGUAGCUCCGUAUGAGCAUCCAAACACUCCUGAUCCCAAGCCUCACGAUUUCUACGUCAUAUCUACGCUGCAUUCUCUUCAUUGUUUGAACAUGAUACGGUUUCAGUUCUUUUCAGACAAAUAUGGGCACGUUGAAGAUGGCGACUUCAAGGACCCAGACUAUACAAUGAAGCACUGGGAUGUUCAUAUCGAGCAUUGCUUUGAAUACAUGCGUCAAAGUAUUUCUUGCGGUGGCGACCUAAUUCUAGAGGGCUCAAGUGCAGUGGACAUUGACGGAAAACAAGUCACAUCUGUGACGGGCUGGGGAGUCGAACACGAUUGCAUCGACUUUGACCUGCUAUGGCAGUUUCAAACCGAUCAAGAAGCAAAAUACAAUCGUACAUGGCAGCUCCCUGGUUGAACAGCAAGACUUUCUAAAAAAAAAAAACAUACACGUAGAUACUUCCAUAUCUGGAAACAUUCGAUCAUCACAGAC